GUCACUAAUUAACGCACGCUACAUAAACAGCCGUCCUCGAGCCCGAAAACUAGGAAACAAUUCCUAAAGCACUCGAUAAAGCGUUUGACUUACUUAAGAUUGUCAAAGUAGUUAGACACUGUUUAAAAUGACUAAUGAUGCAUCUAAAAAGAAGGGGAAGGGCCCGGGAGAGAAAAAGGGCAAACGAAAGGCCAAAAGAAGAGAGACUUACGCGAUGUACAUCUAUAAAGUUUUGAAACAGGUGCAUCCGGACACAGGGAUUUCCAGCAGAGCGAUGAGCAUAAUGAACUCCUUCGUGAAUGACCUGUUUGAGAGGAUCGCCACAGAGGCCUCGCGACUGACUCAGUACAACAAGCGGUCCACCAUCACCAGCAGAGAGGUGCAGACCGCCGUCCGGCUGCUGCUGCCCGGGGAGCUGGCCAAGCACGCGGUGUCCGAGGGAACCAAGGCUGUCACAAAGUACACCAGCUCCAAAUGAAGACUUCAAUACCACACACUUUCUGUGAAAGAAAUUUCAAACUCGUGCACCUGUGUUUUUGUUACGUUGUUGAAUUCAAUAAAACAUAAACACAAAAAGCAUUUUUUUUUCAA